UUCUCGCCCUAUAUAAAAGCCGCCGCCAUUGGCGGUCCUCCUGGUCGACAGAGAACAGGACGGGAUUCCAUGCACAUCGGGGGAAUUGUCGUCAACGAUAUUGUGACAUAGUAAAAAAAUUUGAAAAAAAACGAAAAGAAAACUUGGUCCGAGUUUAUCGAAGGGUAUCACGCGGAUGAGACAUUAAAUCGACCAGUUCGAGCAUCAAUGGCAUCGCGAAGGUGGAUGCUGACGCUUCUGAUCCUGGGAGCCAGCGCGAUCGCGUUGGUUCCCGCGGCUCGUCAAGCAAGCCGAGAGUCUCUCAGAAGUGCCCUGGAUGCUGUGGCGCGAAAGCAGAGAUCUCUGGACGCCGCAGACUCACCGGAAUACUAUAACGAUCUCCAUUCGUUCAAGUAUCACGGCGGUGGCGCCGAUCGCAAGUUCGAUCGCGACUUCGACGAGGACGACGAGGAGAUCGAGUUCUUGCCCGGCGAUAACGGUCAGCUAGAAACUGCGGGGGAGGGUCUCCAAGGCCUGAACAAUAAAUUGUUCGAAAGAGCUCUGCUCGAUUAUUUGGAGAAUCUACCCGAACAGGAAGAGCCGGUAGCCUCGAUCUUUCGCGAACGCGAGCGAAGUGGCAGCCGCAAACGAGGCGGCGCCGGCGAUCGAUUGAAUCUGGACGACAAGGAUCUGGCGAGGCUAUUCGUGGAGGAAAUACAGAAUGGCUCUCCGUAUGAUCCGCUCGACGAGAGGGAUGCCGAAAAAUAUUUAACCGCUUUACAAAUGCUUUACGACAGAUACGGAGCUGGUAGAGGGAACAAAAUAUACGAAACGGCAGGACCAAUGUCUUGGGGCGAACUGCUUAGCAAAGACUCGUCAUUAAGGAAGAACGAUGACGAAGAAUUCGCGGAUCAGAAUCAGAAUCAGAAUAUCCUGUACUUGCCUCCUACGUUGGAACGUAGGAACGUGAACGGUCGAUAUCCUAUCGGUCGCGAAUUCAGCAACUAUCGCAGGCUGACGAAGCGCUAUCCGGUCGCUAAGAGAAGCCCCAGACCCACUCAGACUAAGCUAAAGACCACGGAUCCUAAGGUUGCUCAAGACCUGGGAGCUCUAUUCGGCACGCAAUCCACGGACGCGCAUAAUCAUACUCAUAAAUCCGAUCACGAUCACGAUCACGAACACGAACACGACCACGAACACAGUCACGAAUACGAUCACGAACAUGAUCACGUACACGAUCACGAACACGAACAUGAUCACGGGCACGAGAGUACAUCCGAAACGCCAUCGAAAGUGACACCGUCUCCAAAGGAUCAAAAGGAAAACGUUACGAAACAGGCCAAAUCGAAAUUCGUCCAAGUCAGAAAGAAGAGUGUCGAUUGGUCACAAUAUUUCGGCAUCGAUCGUAGAAAGAAGAAGGCUACUUUCACGGCUGGACAGGGCACGCAAAAUCAAGACGACGAGUGGAUGUUGCAGCGCUAUUACGAGAAUAUGGCUGAGAAUUUAAAACCAAAGGAUGACGAGAAUGAAGAAAAGGAUAAACUUGAGCAGAUGGAUUCGAAAUUGAAAUAUAUUAAAGACUUGAUCAUCGAAGAAGCUUUGAAAUACGCCAAUUUGGAAGACGAGGGGGAUUUGCAGAAGGUGAAGGAUAAGUUAAUGGCGCGAAUGGCAGCGGCUUAUUCGCUGCAAAAGAUGCGUAAGGCGCUGAAUGAACUCCGAAAUAAUGUCGCGGCUCAGAAGGAGGCACAAAGAACGCAGAAGGAGGCGCAGAAUAAUAUGACAUCGAGUUUCCGCGAGAAUAGCAACGGCCCUAACAGUAACACCGGUAACGGGGGUAGAACGGAUGAUAAACGGAGCGGCAUCAAUAAUAAUAUAGACGACGGCGAAUCUAUCGAGGAACCUAGAAGCUGCCCGGAAUUAGAAGCUAUUGAAUGGCGAUGCCGAACCGUGGACACUCUCACCGGCGAUACAUCUCGGAUGCUUUACGUGCCCUGCGUAAAGCUACAGAUCUGUAAAGCUUGCGCGCAGGACGAGGAAGGACUGCUGCCCUGCCUCGCGAAUUACGCGUCGGAGGCCGGCAAGGUGUGCGACGCGUUGGACUCCAGGAAAGGACAGUCGUUGGGUCGAUUGACGGCAGCCGCGACUCACGACUCCGUCGAGCGACAGUCCUGCGCGAACGCCGCGUUGCUCCUGUCGCAGCUGCAACCUCCCGCAACCGCGGCCGCGCAGUGUCGCGCGCGAAACGCUCGCGACUCCUGCCUGCGACGUUAUCACGCGCGAUACGAGCACCGUUUCUUCCGGGCGUCGCCGGCGUACGAGGCGUCGGCGCCGGGGCGCCGUCCGCACCACGCCGGCGCCCUGGACGCGCUCCAGCAAACCAUGUCCGAACGAUAAGAACGAGACCCGACGACGGGGAGGCUUCGGUCCCGCGCCGGUGAUACGGCCUGACCGCCAAUUGUCCGGAUGUUGCCGAAGGAUUCGUUUCCUCUCUGAAUCAUUUCCGAGAUUUCGCUAUCCAGAGAGAUCCUUUAUUUGAGAUUUUUAUUGAUUUUUAUCGAGACACUCUGUUGUUAUUUGUAUCGUUUGACAACUGAUGCUUUGAAUUUACCUCCUCGGUUCCCUGAGGAUGUUUCUUCCGGAUAAUCAGCGGCUUACCGUAACAGCCCAUGCAGCACAGAACAUUGUAACAUUGCAGCAAUGUUGCGGCAAUAUUACAAUGUUGCUGCAAUAUUGCUGGAAUGUUACAGCAAUGUUCUGUGCUGUAUGGAAGGAUGUUUGCAAGAACGAACCCAUACAACAUAUUGUUAUAACAUUACAGAAAUAUUGCAGCAGCAUUGUAAUAUUGCCGCAAUAUUGCCGCAAUGUUACAAGAAUGUUCUGUGCUCUAUGGGAAACAUGAAUCGAGAAAUUAACUCUCAGCGGAUAUCAUAAAUUAUUUAUAAUAUGUAUACAAGUUUGUCUCUGAUCAUGAAUUAUCAUAAAUUACGACAGGUUUCUGUGAUUUAGUGACUACAUUUAAGAAAAAAAUUAUUCAAAGAACGGAAUUUAAUCAUAUCAUCUUGUAUGUAUGUGUGCGAUAUGUAAUGUAAAUAUAUGCGUGGAAGGCUUCUUUUGCACUUUAUAUUGCCGUAAUGUUUCAUUUUUAAUUAAUUUAAUACCAGGUUUCGAAAGUUCCCCGGUAUCUGCUGAGAGUUAACGGGCUGGCACAGAAAGGUUGUUCUCGAAUCAAAAUAAAUUGGAUCGAAAUAAUUUUUAUUAAAAUUAUAUUAUUAGUAAAAAUUAUAUUAUUUGUCGGAAGAAGAAUCAGGAAGAAGAUGAUAAAAAAAAUAAUAAUUUGAAACGUCCAUUUUCUUUCGAUUCGAGACCACCGAGAAUUCAGGUCUCGAAGAAAUACGACUCGACUUGAUUCUGACAGCUCCUUUUGCACACGACGCUCCUUCGUGAUUUUACAUAUAAAUUCUUUGUCGGCAAAUUUCCAGAGAAUCCCGAAUUAAAAAAGAAAAGGAAAAAAAAGAAUUUCAAAUAAAAAUAAAAAAUAUCUAUCCAAUUAGCGAAAUAACGUUUAUCUGUUAAGAGAAAAUUGAGGAAUCUUGAAAAUUUGAAAAAAACAAGUAGAGAAAUAAUAUAUUUAAUUAAUUCAACAAGGCGUUUUAUCUAUGUAUGCGAGGUGUAUUCAUUCGCGCGGCUUUUCAGACCAGGACCUCCUUUCUCUUCCGCUAAACUGAACAACGAGAUUUAAUGAAUUAUAGGGACAAUAAUAAUGAGACCCGCAACACACAGAUAUACAGAUCCACGACUACACCGAACGUGUCGUUUUGCGUACGUUUGAAUGACAGUCUGGACGAGCGCCUCGCAAAUGAAAUUAGGCGCACGAAAUCAAACACGGAGAGAGAAAUACAAGUAUAUGUGUAUAAAUUAAGUAUCUUAAGUAUCUUAAGAGCAAGAAAACGAAAAAAAAAGUCUCCUCUAGCGCCUCCAUACUUCGCGCGCGUAACUUCCGUAUAUGUGUAAAAAGAAAAAAAUUUACUCGCGUCGGGAAAUUUUAGCGAGGAUAAGAUUAGCGCCGAUUUUGUUUGUUUAUAUGAUGAGUUUACGCACGCUCUGAUAUAUGCACCGAGAUUCCCAUACAGCACAGAACAUUGCAGUAAUAUUGCGGCAAUAUUGCAAUGUUGCUGCAAUGUUACAAUAUUAAUAAUAUUGGAGUAAUAUUGCGGUAAUGUUACAAUAAUAUUAAUAAUAUUGGAGUAAUAUUGCGGCAAUGUUGCUGCAAUGUUGCAACAAUAUUAAUAAUAUUGCUGCAAUAUUCUGUGCUGCACGGGUUGACAGAUGAAGAGGGAAACACGGGAAGAGGGAAGGGGAGGAGGAGAGAAACGAAGGGAGAUCCUCGACGCAGCUUC